AUGGAACACUCAACUUCUGACGAAUACCAGACGCGUCUCCUUAAGACUGCCAAAGACCUUGAAGACUCCAUCAAAGAUUACGAGUCUCGAUUGGCCGAGCUUCGAAAGACAGUGACCCCAAUCAAGACGGAGCCAUCCAGUGAUCCUAGUACCUAUAUCAAGCAGCUUACCUCUUUGGCCUUAGCUUACAGAUCAAUUAUAUCUUCUGAACCAUUUACUCCUUCCCAUGAUUCCCUCCUACCCCAUAUACUCGCACUCCACCACACUUCUAAGUCAAUAACAGAAACUGUUUUAGCCAUAUCUCAAGUGGAGGCUUCAACUGUUGAAACAAACAGGCGCUUACAAAAAGAAAGUCUAGAUUUUGAGGAUGCACAACAGACAAAAGACCUAAUAUUGGCGCGUAUAGCAACCCUCAGUGAAAAUUUUGAGAUACGCGAACACAAAACAAGAAAGACACUGAAGGAUGAGAUGAUGCAGACAAUAGAGGCAAAGAAAGAAUAUUAUGAUAACAAAACCUCAAAGCUAUUUAAAGCAUUAAACGGAUUUAUAGAUAAAUAUCUUGCGUCAAUGCUAGUAGUUGAAGAACUUGGAGGUCCAACUGUGAGUCAAGUCACGAACAUCGAUGAUGAAGCAUUAGCGGAUAGUUUCAACAAAACUAGUAGAGUCAAAAAAAUCAAACUAUCACAAGCUGAAGGUCAACAACGUAUUGAUAAGAUAUGGGGCAAUGUGUCUACCGAGCCAAGCUUGCAAGACAAAAAGAGUGCUGUGGCAGCAGAUAUGAGGGAAUUGUUGGAGCGGUUAUUGAACAACGCAGCGGAUAUCAAUAGUCCAGAUCCUUAUGUCAUUCUCCACAGAGAAUCAGCUGCUGCUAGAUUUCUCGUUCGAUGUAAAAUCGCCCAAUUCCAUCCAAAAGAUGCAACGAAAGUUCGUUUGGUUAAUUUUAUGGGUGAGAUUUAG